AACCGACGCCCGCGCAGCUCGCCAAACUGUGAAGUGAUGUGAACGGGUUUUUCAAGAUAAAAUAUUAAAUUUUUGUGCAGUUACGUGCUUCUUCUGUUGGGGAGAAAACUGUUCUAGUAGGAAUUGACGAAACCGACUAUGCACCCCUAACUGAAGAUGGACAACGGCAGACCCUACAAAGAAGUUGCUAAAGGACUGAACUCACCUGAACUUCGAAAGAAUCCCAACAUCCCAUACGUCGACGACAUUGUAGAACUUAACAAUAUCCAAACAAAGCCAGUACAAGGAAAUAAGGAUGGAAAAUCUCAUAGUGAAAACACAGAAUCACUUUCUAAUCUUCGAAAUAAUCCAAACAUCCCAUACGUCGAUGACAACGAUGAACUUAAUAACGUCCGAAUUGAACCUGUAUCACGAAAUAUAGACGAAGAUUCCGAUAAUGAAGAAACAGAACCGCUAAUACCAAGUAGAGAUGGAAAAAUCCAUGCUACUGAUCUUGGUUCUGUACGAUCAUCGCCUAAUAGUGACACUAUAGUUGUAAAUACUCCAGAAGGAACGCUUUAUAUUACUCUAGAUCCCGAUUCGACUAAACCCAGUACUUCAAGUUCAAAAAGUCCAAGUACAAAAUCUACUAACACGGCUUCUCCUAGUACCUCUAAAGCAUUUGGUGCGGGUGAGUCGAAGGACCUGAUAACUGUGGAGAGAGGUGAAGAGGUGACAUCAGUGGAGCAGAGGAAGGCAAGUUUGAGAAGAAACUCGAUAUCAAUGCCGACUUUGAGCGAGAUUGACAUGAUCCGACAACAGUAUAUACAGAGCCAUCAGAAUGGGAUUCCUGAGCACCAUCAGAGCUCAGCGUCAGGGUUCAGCGAUGGCGACAACCCGACUGAUGACGUCAACGAGAUCCACUCCGAGCAGGAAAAUGUCAAGCCUCCCCGCUCCCCGCGCCGCAAGGGCCCUCGGCGGCUGGGGCGCUCAGAGUUCAGUAUGGACGACGACGACUACUCGCCAAGCAACUCUGUUACCUCCGUCAAUUCCCUUGCCAGCCUUUUGAGAGAGAAACUUCAGAGUAUCCCCCAAAAAAUUCGCAAAAAAUCAACCGACUACAAGCUAUGGGCGUUCGUCGGUCUCAUGUUCUUAGCAGUGUGUUUAUUCGUGGGCUUCGCAUAUGUGCUAUACCACAACCAGGCGGCAACGAAGGCGUAUUUCCGCAGAGUCCAAUUUAACGAACCCAAAAGACUCAUCAAGGUCUUUAAUAGAGACGACGUCGAGAUCCUUAAAGCUACUUUAGCGGUGAACAUAGAGGGCAAGAGCAAGUCAUAUCCCUGUCUUCCUCAACAUCGUAUGAAUGACGGGUCAGAAUGCCUCGAAUGGAUGAACACGCAGCGGUUCUAUUUGAAGUGCCUCCCGCAUGAUCCUGGAGUCGACAAUACAACAUGUUACUCUAUACAUUGGAAAGCUUUAAGACCAGAUGUCUAUCCCACCGACUGCUUCGAUUGGAGCGACACCAAAGUCCAAUGGUAUGGAGGUGCCCAGUCUACUAAUCUCACAUGGCCCUUGAAUACUGGUUCGAUAGACUUCACUCCUUUCAUAACAGGCGAUAUACAGAAAUCACAAUUAAGCAACGUACUCAAUAGAUACUUAAUAAAUUCCAAAGGAGCAGGCAUUAUCAUUGACGACGCAACACCUUUACACAUUUCUGUCAAUAAAGAAAGUAAAAAAGGAGAAUACGAGAAACAAAUCUGCCUGAAAUCUAAAUAUGACGAUUUUGCCUUCGCCAACAGAUUUACAGAAUUCGCAGAGAUGAAAUAUAAUAUCUGUAUUUCCAAAGAUAUGAGAAAUUUACAUUCAUCGAUACAUAGCCAUAGUAGCGCUCCUUUAUGGGAUGGACUAAAACCAGAAGACAUGCAGACUUUGGACUCUCUCAUAUCAGAGCCAGUAUGGCAAAUUGCACCUCGAUUCCGGCAUGAACUUCAGGCUGAAACGAUUUCAAAGUACACCGAUAAUGUUAUUAACCUAGGAUUCUUAAAACAAGGUCACGUGCUUAUAAAUGAAUAUUGGCAACAUAUCAUUGGGGAUUUAGCUGUUGACACUAGUCGAUUUGCAACAUUGAAUGAAACUGUAGACAAAUUACAUAGAAGAGGUUUCAAAGUUGCUUUUACUGUUCAACCCUUUAUCAGUACUGAAAGUCAUAACUUUGCAGAAUGUGUACAGAAAAGAUUGCUUGUAACGGAACGAAGUAGUGAUAGGAGAAUUCCGGCGCUAACAAGGUUCAAAUCCUUGCAAAGUGCUGGUGUUCUUGAUAUAACUAAUAAUAGAUCUAUUCCUUGGCUUCUAGAUAAGUUACAAACUGUCAUAGAGGAAUAUCACAUUGAUGCGUUUUACUUCGACUUAGGAACAGCAUACGAUAUGCCACAUUACUACCAAUGUGAGAAGCCACUGAUCAACCCUGAUCAUUACAAGACCAUAUUCACCAAGACCUUUGAAAAAACUUUAAAUAUUAUCGGGGUAUCUUCAGCAAUAUCUCUACCUCGACCACCCAUUUUUGUAUCACUGCCCCCAUUUGAAUCUACGUGGGAAGCGUUGAAGUUAGUAAUACCCACAAUGCUUACUUAUGGCAUAAAUGGUUUUCCAUUUAUAAUGCCCGGAGCUGUUGGUGGAGAUAUCUAUUGGCCUGGAAGUGAACAGUUCUUGCCAUCCUCAAAAGGUCAGGUGGAUGCAACAAACGCUACUCAAGAAAAUGGAAUUGACUUACCAGAUCGAGAACUCUACAUGCGAUGGUUGCAAAUGGCAACAUUCUUGCCUGUGAUGAAAUUCACUCAUUUGCCUAGUAAAUACAAUGACGAGAAAGUUUUGGAAAUGGCGAAAAACCUGACCCUGUUCAGGCAGAAAACGGUGACACCAUUACUAUUGAAAUAUAAACGUGAGGCUUUGGAGGAAGGCUUGCCACUCAUCAGGCCUUUGUGGCUUCUAACUGGUGGGGAAGCCGCACUUUUGGUGCAAGAUGAAUUUGCUCUGGGAGAUGAGAUCGUUGUCGCCCCUGUAUUAAACCCUGGAGACACCACUAGAGAAGUAUACCUCCCUGCUGGACUCUGGCAAGACGGCAUCGAUGGAUCGCUGCGCAAGGGCAACCGCUGGAUGCACGAAUACAAAGUUCCUCUCGACCGCGUCGCUUAUUUUCUUAGAAAACCUGAUGACUUGAGGUUCAGAUAGUUUAAUGCUUAACAAAUGGCUAUUAUAUUUCAAACAAGAUGUGGCAGGCGUGCUUGAUAAACAAUGUUCGGUAUAAAAUGUUACCUUGAUGUACACUCGGAAGCUAAUAAUUUAUGGAUAUAAUUCGAUGUUUUCCUUGUUUGAAUUUUUUAUUCUUGAUAAUGAAAUAGGUAACUUAUGAAUCAAAAUAAUGCCCUUUAAUAUAUGUCAUUUUGUAAACAAUAAUGGUAUUGGCUUGCGAAGAAACAUAUUAUUACUUAUUGAUGGUUGUGACAAUCGAAGGUGGAAACCUAUUAAUACCUAUCAGGUAUGGAAUGAUGAGGCUAUGCGUAAUUAUUUAUGUAAAUGUGCCUACGACUACGAUCUCACAAUGUGUCGUGUACGAGUUUUUGAAAUAUUCGUUGCUGCUUUUUUGCCUAAAUUCUGUCGUCGUCUAUUCUUUUAACUAUAAAUCUAGUCUUUCUAUAUACCAAGCUAUAAGUUAAGUUAAUAACUAUUAAUUAAUACAACGAAUGCGAGAAAAAAUACGACACUUAUAAAACUGCAUACAAAAUGAACACAGCAAUUUAUGUAAAUAGAUAACAAUAAAA